AUGACUGAGCCAACAUCUGUGGACUGGAACGUGUCAUCCAACCGGCAGGCGCAUCACACAGACAGAUUCUACAGCCCAGAACUCAUCUUGCGGAGAGGCCAACACUUCCGUAUAUCGUUGGGUUUCGAUAGAAAUGUGGACUCUGAACAAAAUCUGACCUUCACAGUCUCCACAGGGCCUUACCCCUCGGAGUCGGCCAGGACGAAGGCUGUGUUUACAAUCUCCAACAGAACAAGUAAUGGCUGGAGUGCAGAGCUCCAGGCCAGCCAGGGCAACACUCUGACCAUCCUCAUCUCCAGUCCUUCCAAUGCACCCAUAGGACAGUACACACUGAGCCUUCAGAACUCCUCCUCCUCCUCUGUGAAACUUGGAACGUUCAUACUCCUCUUUAACCCCUGGCUGCAAGCGGAUGCUGUCUUUAUGAGUAAUGCUGCUGAGAGAGAGGAGUACGUUCAGCAAGAUGCUGGAAUCAUCUAUGUCGGAAGUGCAAAUCGCAUUGGCAUGGUUGGCUGGAACUUUGGACAGUUUGAGCAGGACAUUCUGAGCAUUUGCCUCUCAGUUCUUGAUAAAAGUCUGAAUUUCCGCCGUGACCCUGCUACUGAUGUGGCCCGCAGAAAUGACCCCAAAUAUGUUGGCCGGGUACUGAGUGCAAUGAUCAACAGCAAUGAUGACAGUGGUGUGCUUGCUGGGAAUUGGAGUGGCAGCUAUCCAGGUGGCCUGGACCCAAGGAACUGGAACGGCAGCGUGGAGAUCCUCAAGGAAUGGAAGAGAUCCAACUUCAAGCCCGUGAAAUAUGGGCAGUGCUGGGUCUUUGCUGGAACCCUCAAUACAGUGUUGCGGUCUCUUGGAAUUCCCUCCCGAGUGAUCACCAACUUCAACUCGGCUCAUGACACAGACCGAAACCUCAGUGUGGAUGUGUACUAUGAUCCCAUGGGAAACCCCCUGGACAAAGGCAGUGACAGUGUGUGGAACUUCCAUGUCUGGAAUGAAGCCUGGUUUACCCGGACGGAUCUGGGCCCAUCAUACAGUGGAUGGCAGGUGUUGGACGCAACUCCCCAGGAGAGGAGCCAAGGAGUAUUCCAGUGUGGCCCCGCCUCAGUUAUUGGUGUCCGAGAGGGUGAUGUGGACCAGGACUUUGACAUGACGUUUGUCUUCGCGGAAGUUAAUGCUGACCGCAUCACCUGGAUCUACGAUAGCAAAACCAACGUACAGAAGAAGAAUUUCUCUGACAUGCACUCGGUGGGCAAGUACAUCAGCACCAAGGCUGUGGGCAGCAACUCCCGCAUAGAUGUCACAGAGAAGUACAAGUAUCCUGAAGGUUCUGCCCAGGAAAGACAAGUGUUGGAAAAGGCUUUGGGGAAACUUAAACCCAACCGAUUAUUCAACCCAACAUCUGCAGAGGACUUGGAAAUAGGGGAGCGGGAGCCUAGCAUCUUUGGGAAGUUCAGGGUAACUGGUGUUCUGGCAGUAGGCCAGGAAGUCAACCUGGCCCUGACACUGAAAAACCUGACAAGUGAUAUGAAGACAGUGACGGUGAACAUGACAGCCUGGACCAUUGUCUACAAUGGCACACUAGUGCAUGAGGUGUGGAAGGACUCUGCCACCAUAUCCCUGGACCCUGAAGAAGAAAUUCAGUACCCUGUGAAGAUCUCAUAUGCUCAGUACGAGAAGUACCUGAAAGCUGACAACAUGAUCCGCACCACAGCUGUGUGCAAGGUCCCCAACGAGGGCGAGGUGGUGGUAGAGCGGGACGUCAUCCUGGAUAAUCCCACCCUGACCCUGGAGGUGCUGGACCAGGCACAGGUGCAGAAGCCUGUGAACGUGCAGAUGCUCUUCUCCAAUCCUCUGGAUGAGCCCGUGAAGAACUGUGUGCUGAUGGUGGAGGGAAGCGGCCUGCUGAGGGGCAAUCUCAAGAUAGAUGUGCCAACUUUACGCCCCAAGGAGCGGUCCCGGGUCCGUUUUGAGAUCCUGCCUACCCGGAGUGGCACCAAGCAGCUGCUUGCUGACUUCUCCUGCAACAAGUUCCCUGCAAUCAAGGCCAUGCUGUCCAUCGAUGUGGCUGAGUGA